CCGGCGGCCGGGAGAGCGGCGGCACUUCCGGCGGCGGCGGCGGUUGCGGCCCGGGUCCGCAGUUCCUAAAGCACGGCGUCAGACAGUGCCGUGAGCCCGGAGAGGCAUCCUGCGGAGACAGCACGGCCUCGCGUAGCCAGAAGCCAGCUCCCGGGACCCCUCGACGCUCUGGUCCACAUUUGAAGGGAGGAGCGGCCACCGUCCCCCUCAGAGAAGGCCAGGAGUUCCAACGGUGUGGACACGUCCAGGGACAGUGUGACACGAGUCGUCUCUCCUGCAGAGAGGCAGGGAGGCGGCAACAUCGCUAUCACUGGAGGGGGGAUCAGAGGAGGAACUGUGGCUCGUGGUGGCCCAGGAUCAGUGGAACGGGACAGGCCGGUGAGGGAGCAGAGGACGGGGGGAGGAGAGGCAAGGAGUCCGCCAGGACCCCCUCCCACGUGUGUCCUCCCCAGCCCCUGGGGACAAGCCACUGCCCCCCAUGGCCUCCAAGCAGGCCGCUGGGCGGAGCCCAGGGGAGAAGCGCAAGAGGGUGGUGCUGACCCUGAAAGAGAAGAUUGACAUCUGCACGCGCCUGGAAAAGGGGGAGAGCAGGAAGGUGCUGAUGCAGGAGUACAACGUGGGCAUGUCCACCCUGUACGACAUCAAGGCCCACAAGGCGCAGCUGCUGCGCUUCUUUGCCAACUCAGACUCCAACAAGGCCCUGGAGCAGCGUCGCACCCUGCACACGCCCAAGCUCGAGCACCUGGACCGGGUCCUGUACCAGUGGUUCCUGGGGAAGCGGGCCGAGGGUGUGCCUGUCUCAGGCCCCAUGCUCAUCGAGAAGGCCAAGGACUUCUAUGAACAGAUGCAGUUAACGGAGCCCUGCGUGUUUUCUGGCGGGUGGCUCUGGCGUUUUAAGGCCAGGCACGGCAUUAAGAAGCUGGACGCGUCCAGCGAGAAACAAGUGGCCGACCACCGAGCAGCCGAGCAGUUCUGUGGCUUUUUCCGGAGCCUCACGGCCGAGCACGGCCUGUCCCCUGAGCAGGUUUACAAUGCCGAUGAGACCGGCCUUUUCUGGCGGUGCCUGCCCAAUCCCAGCCUGGAAGGUGGGACAGUGCCCGGCAUCAAGCAGAGCAAGGAUAGGCUGACCGUCCUCAUGUGUGCCAAUGCCACCGGCUCCCACAAGAUCAAGCCCUUGGUGAUUGGGAAAGGCGGCGGCCCCCGGGCUUUUGGGGGCAUUCAGCACCUGCCUGUUGCCUAUAAAGCCCAAGGUAACGCGUGGGUGGACAAGGAGAUUUUUUCGGACUGGUUCCAUCAUAUCUUCGUUCCGUCGGUGAAGGAGCACUUCCGGGCAGCGGGUCUGCCCGAGGACAGCAAAGCCAUUCUGCUGCUGGACAACGCCCGCGCCCGCCCGCGGGAGUCCGAGCUGGCCUCCGGUAACAUCUUCACCGUCUUCCUGCCCGCCACCGUCACCGCGUUGAUUCAGCCCAUGGACCAGGGCAUUCGGAGAGAUUUCAUGAGGCACUUCAUCAACCCCCCCGUCCCACUGCAGGCCUGCCACCCCCGCUACAGCAUGAACGACGCUGUCUUCAACGUGGCCUGCGCCUGGAGUGCCGUGCCCCGUGACGUCUUCAGCCGGGCCUGGAGGAAGCUGUGGCCCACGGUCACGUUCGCCGAGGGCUCGUCUUCGGAGGAGGAGCCGGAGCGCCUCCGAGCGAAGCCUCACGAUCAGACUUUUGCACACAUCCUGGAGCUGGGGAGAGAGGCCCCGGCCCGCCCUGGCAGCCGGCUUCCCCGGGGCGCGGCUGCAGAGCAGGGCGGGCUGGGUCGUGUGGCUGGAGAGGGCCUGGCCCCGGCUGCCGGGAGCCCGGAGCAGGCCGAGAAGGACGGUGACGAGGCGGCCUGGGAGCAGGCGGCCUUGUCCUUUGACGCCGUGGUGCGCUUCGCUGAGGGACAGUCCUGCUUCACGGCGCAGGAGGUGGGGCAGCUGCGUGCGCUGCGCUCGGUGUUCGCCAGGCAGAGGCAGGUGAAGCGGCGGCGUGUGGCCCUCAGGGCCAUGGUCAAACUCGAGGCCCCCCAGGAGGCCCCCCCUCUGCCCUGCUCCUCCACGGCGGGCGAGCACUGACGUCGGCGCAUCCCUCACCUGCGGGCCGGAGCUUGUCCGGGAGGUCGGGGUGCCUGGUGUGGGCUCUCGGCCGCUCGGGAUGGCCCAUCCCCGCGCGUCUGGUUCAUCGCGGGCUUACCAUGUUUUCCGUCCUGGCACGUCAGUGUGAGCAGCCGCUCCGGAAGGGUCCCGUGGCCAGAAGCCAGGACCGUGCCAGGCAGAUUCUGGCCUCGUGUUUGCCAGCUGAGCCCUGCUGUGUGUGUGGGUGGAGAUGUCUGUCCAUCCAGGAGGAGCAAAGCCGGCCCUUGGGCCAACUGAUGGCAGUACCUGGGGCCACUUGCCAGGGCUAGUGUUUCCCUGGGCCCAUCUGCCUUCCCCUCGGGGCGCGGUCUGUGGUGUGGCGCCGUCCCUGAGUCAGGUGGGCGCCCCUGUCUGUGGCUUUAUAGGUGGCGGGUCGUCACUUCAGCCAUGAACUCAUUUAGCUGCGCCAGCCUCCUGCAAGUUCCUCCGUGUUGCCAGGAGGUCUCACCCCUUGGGCUGGGACCCCAGGGCGUGGGGGCCGCACAUCGGGUUGGCACGGUGGAGUCGCUUCCCCUAACGCAAGCAGGACUGUCUGCCCAGGCCUCCCGUUGCCCCGAGGGGGCCCUGGCGCACUGUGGGCAUGUCCAGCGUCCUGGUGCCGAAUCUACUCCGUUGUCCGAGCCCCCGUUGUGCAGGAGUUCGUCCUGAUCGCCUGCAUGUCACUGAGUUUGCUGAGGCGUUCAGAAAUGUGUCUUAGGCGUGCACUUGUGACCCUGCAUAAGAUGAGCUGUUUGGAUUUCCAGCUGUGUUUGAACUUCGGCGUUGGCUGUUCACGCCUCAGUACCCCAUGCGGGGAAGAGCCGGCUCCACGGCUUGGUUGUGGGAAGAUUGUGGCUCCCUGCUGCCCGUAGCCUGGACUGGCCCCCGGGGACAGCGGCGCACCCUCCUUGCGCGCAUAUGGGGGGCUGUGACUUUCUGUCUUUCACCUCUGCGCCCUGGCAUUCCGGCCUGGCCGUCUGGCCAGCUCGUGGUUCUCAGGCCGCCCACCCCCCCGCGACGUUUGGUUCAUUGUCCAUUCCUCUGCUGUGUGUGCAUCUUCCCAAGCAUAAGGCGACGGUUGUUGCUGCCACAGUGUCACCCUGUGGACGUGCGUGCUUCCUGCUUUAAAUGCAGGGCUGAAGGUUGUGAACCGAGCAAGGCCAUUUUUCAGAGCGUCGUUGUAGAGCCUUCAGGCCAAAUUGCCUCAGGGCUGUGCUGCCGUUGCGCCCUUUCCUUCCUGUGCCCAGGGUGACAUCUGUGCACCCGUGUGGUUGGCUGCCAAUUCGGACUCAUGUGGCUCCGUGGUGUUGAAUUGCAGCUGCUUGCGGUGUCACGGGACGUGAGGUGUCAGGGGUCCCUGGAGUGCCUGUCCUCAUGUCGGUGUAGGUGGUGGCGGCCCGGAGAGGCGGCCGGAUGCUGAGGAGCUCCCCCGUGCUUCUCGAACAGUGGGACUUCACUGGCUGGGUGCAGCCAGGGGAGGGGCAGGACACGUGGGGCUCCUGGGUCCCCGGUGGAGGCUUUGUCCCAUCAGACUGUAGACCCCAGGCCAUGGAUUCGUGACCUGCCCCUGUCCUGGCUGUUCUGUGGCCGGUCAGUAAAUGCUUGUCAUCGGACAGCCUGAGGGGUGUCUGUCCUCAGAGCGCACCUUUCAGAAGCAGCCACAGAGCACGGCCCCAGCUCGAACCCUCUUGCUGCUCGGGAGGUUCUGGGGCAGAGCAGGCUCUGGCCUCCCCUGCCUCCCUCUCUGAUGGGCAGCACGCUUCUCUGCAUGUGGCCUCUGCUGCUGGCUCGGGCGGAGCCAGGUGCCGCAGCCAGCCACGGAGCCACAUGUGGGUGGUGGCAGAGGCCCAGGGCCCAGCGAGGCUGUCUGGGGAGCUGUGCGGCCCGGCGGCUGGUGAGUGCCUCCACCCCAUCCCGCCGCCCACCCUGCCCUCUGGGAGCCCCUCCCAGCUGCUCCGCUCAGCACUUCCUGCCCGGCCUCUCAGGCUCAGGGGUCAGAGUGCUUGUGCCUCAGAAUCCUUCCCAAGCAGUUCUGGGUGGAGCCCGACUAGACUGGAUGUGAAAUCGGAGCCAGUGCGACCAGUGCCCCCUUCUUUCCUCUCUGGCCAUCGCGGAGGCACCUUCAGGAGGCCUGGGCUCUGCGUCCCCCACGAGCAUGAGGCCCAGAGUCCCAGCGGUAGGGUCCACGGGUGCGGCGUCUGGGAGGCUUCUCCAUCCCCUUGAGCCAUGCUUGCACCCCUCCUGGCUAGUCUUUCCUGGGCCAGAAGGCAGAGCCUUUGGAGGCAGCUCAGGACCCUUGGAGUCAGAUUUGGCCCUGGAGGAACGGGGCAGAGGCAGGGGUAGGCGGCCAUGCAGACUGCGUGCUUUCCCGGGAGCCCGGGGUGCGCGGGAAGCAGAAUUUGGGGCAAACGGGACCCGCCACUGCUGCCCUCAAGGGCCAGCCUGAGCUGCUGUGGGAAGCGCAGGUGCCAGCUUCAGCGGCCUUUCUCGCUGUGCAAAUGUGCUCACGCUUCAUCCAUCAUUGAGCAUAGAGUGUGGCAGGUGUUCACUGCUGGCUCUGCACUGGCCAUUGUGCUCGGCCCGAGGCCGGAGGGUGAUCAGACAAGGCCCCUGGCCUGCCCCCGGAGGGCGAGGGCUUACCGACAGGGCAGGGAGCUGCUGGGGAGACCGGGACAUGGGUGAGGGGCGGCAGGUGGCUCUAGGUGUCAGUGGGUCCAUAAGGGCGGGAGAGCACAGACAGGUUCCUGCCCGCCUCGGGUCCCGCCGGCAAGUGCAGGAGGGCGACCCAGGGUGGUGAGGCAGCUCCGCACGUGGAGCCAGGCUCCUCUGCCGCUUGGGACCUGUGGCUCCCGCGUGUGUUUCAAGACCGUUCCAGGUCCCACCCUGGUGUCUGCUGCUUCCACCUCUCAGCCACAGGAAGCACACUUCCUCUGAGCUGCCCCUCCGCCGACACGCGUCACUUCUGCUCCAGUCCUUUGAGCCGGGUCACGGUCCCACAGGCCCCACCGGCCACUGGGGCAUCUGGGCAGUGUGGCUGGAAAAGGGAAGGUGCGCACCAGGGAGCCAUCUGGGAAAGCCGGGCCGGGUCUCCGGACUCCCCCCUCUGCCACGCCCUCUCCAGCAGCCGCGUCCUGGCCUCAGCCCCUCUGCAAGGACACAGCGGGCAGAUGCCCCGGGAGGGCCCGGCGUGUGGAGGCUGGAGGCAGGCAGCCCGUGGUGGUCUCGGCUUGGGUGGGGGCUCCACGCGGAGACCAGCCCCGGAGAGCUGGGCCUGCCAUCCUCCACCCGCAGGGCUGUCAGAGACGAACAGCCUUGUCCGGAGAGGCAGGCUGUGACCCAGUCCCCUUCCCACCACAAAAGGACUGACUUCGCUUGCGUGAGGUUCAGGGGCGCUCGCAAAAGAGGGAGCUUGUGGAGAACAGCAUGCGGGAGGAGCGGUGGAUGGAUUGGUGACGGGCUGAGCUGUAGGCUGGCUGUGGGUCAGGAAGACUCUCACUAAUGCUAGGAGCUGUUCUUCCAAAGGAGCCAAAUUUACUUGGAUUAGGCUCUGAAACCUUUAUGCCCAGGGCGUGACUGGAAAACCCAGGGCAGUCUGCCAACAAGGAGCGGCGCCGAGGAGCUGGUGUGGGCCGGGAGGACAGUCCAGCUUUGCCGGAGCUGCUGUCCUCCCAGGAUGACUGUGGGCCAGCCCAAGGCUGCACCCCUGGAGGCAGCAGAGGCCGGAGCAAGGGCUGCGGGGGCAGGGAGAAGCCCAGUGCCACACCAGCAAACAAAGUGAGGGACAGCAAUGCAACCCGGCGGGGUGGCCAGGACCCAGAACUGCGGCAGUGCACUCCCCGGAGUGACCCGUUUCCCACCCGAACGUGCAAACAGGUAUGGCUCAGACUCCAGGAGAAAAGUAGUAGGCUGCAGAGCCGGCGGGCGCUGGACUUCACAGGAAGAUACUUGAACUUGGCCCUUUUGCACAUGGUUGGGGGGGCGUGGGGUGAAGGGAGAGACUGGUGAUGGCACGUCACAUAACAUCAAGGGGAAGAUGAAAAUGAUCACACCUAGAAGAACCGAGUGGGGGUUCCGGAGCCGAACAGUAUGAGAACCGAAGUGGAGAGUUCCCAAGGGGCUCAGCAGCCGCUGUAAGCUGGCAGGCGAAAGAACCCGUGACCUCGACUGACCCGGAGCCCUAGGUGACCACGCAGGGCAGGGACGCCCAUGUGCCACCAGAGCCCCAGGGGGAAGAAGGGAACAAAAAAUACACGGUGCCCGAAAAAUCCCCACGUUCAUCUACAAAUCAGGCCCAGUGAGCUCCAGUGGGACCAACGGUGUGAUCCACAGAGUCGGGAACACAGGGAAAGCUGUCCCCGUCCCGAGGACACCCAGCGGGGCUGGCGGCUGAGCUCAGUCGGGGACGGUGUGGCCCGAGUGCUCAGGAAACUCACGGCCAAGACUCCCGCGUCUGCCAAAGCGCGCUCUCAGAAUAAAGUGAGUGAACGAUGUUUGUAGAUGCACAAAAACAGAAUUUGCUGCUGGUGGGCCCGCCUUCCAAGAAAUGGUAAAGGAAGUUCUUGGGGCUCAAAGCAAGUGACUCAAGACAGUAAAUCAGAUCCACUCAGAACAAAGCCCUGCUAAAGGCAGUUCUGUCCUCAGGGGAGACAGGGUCCACUUGACGUUGGACACCUUUGGGGUUACGGGCACCAACCCCCUGCUGCCCUUUCCUCUGGCAGCUCCUGCUGCUGCUGCUUUUUUUUUAUUUUUAUUUUUUUAAGAUUUAUGAGAGAUUUUAGAGAGAGCAUGAGCGGGAGGGGCCGAGGGAGACAGCAUCUCAAGCAGACUCUGCCCAGCACAGAGCCAGACGUGGGGCUCGAUCCCAUGACCCUGGGCUGAAGCUAAAAGCCGAUGCUUAACUGGCUGGCCACCCAGGUGCCCCUGGCAGCUUCUUGAAAAAGCCUGUCAUUCCAUAAAGUGACAAUCUUGGGUUCAUCAUGUUUGUAGAUGUGCCCUGUGUCACAACCACACUGGAAGGGUCUCCGGCAGGAAGUGAACACGUCCACAUCCAAAGAACAUUCUGGUUGGCCUGAGAGCAACCACUUAGGAGAGAACUCAAGAGUCAUGAACAAACCUGUUAGAGAAAUUUAAGUGCUACGUUAGAAGAAACUGCAAAAGCCGCAGGUGAACGGAGGGACAGAAAGACGCGGGACCCUCAGCACGGGGACCUGCCACGCCUCCCUGACCCUUGCUGAGCUUGGCAGUGUGGUCCCCGCCACACAGAGCAGCCCCGAGGCCCUGUGCGGCCCCGGACCUCGGCUUCUCCCGCAGAGCCAGUGGCAGCUGCCGGGACCAAGCCCCUGCAGGCGGGGCUGCGCUUCGGGCCUGGAGGGCGGGUGCUGUGGUGGCCGCUGGCCACUGUGGCCGCCACGAGUGCUCGGAGCUGGCCAGGACCCGGGAAGGGCACUGUGCUCACCACUGCCACGUCAGGCCGCACGGCACUUCCAGGCACACGGAUUUAUGUAAAAUUGACCGUUGUCCGCAAACUUGCCUUAGAGAACUUGUUCUGUAUUUUGGUGCGGAAGCAUAUCUCGUGGGCACCCACACAGGGCAGUGUGCGCUUCCCAUGCCCUCUCCCCGCGGGGGCGCAGAGGGCCUCCAGGCCCCCCGCAACCCGUCUUCACCUCCGUGUCAGCGCACACCAGCCCCCACACCACCCAGAGCGCCGUCCUUGCCCUCUGCUGGCAAGUCCUGGGCUCAGGCAGCUGGAGCGAGAUGAGAAACAGUGGCCUCCACGUCCCAGGGAGACCUGGGAAGGGAGCUUCAGAGGUGAGGGGCCCCGUCUGAGCAGGGGCAGGCAGGGUGGGAUGGCUCUCCACGGUGGACUCGGGAGGCGCGGACUGCCUCCUCCCCAACCCAGGGCACACUUUCCAGCCUGAGGCUGGGUAUGCUCCCUGCUCAAGACCCGGGACCCUUGGCAUCUACAUCUGUGGCCAUCCAUCUACACUGGGGAGCUCCGGGAGGUCGGGACAGGCUUUUCCUUACCGGCCCCCGCACUGGGCUGCCACAGAGGAAUGUUCAGGAAGGUGGGGGCGGGGCAGCAAUUCUUACAACUGGAAAAAAACCUGCUAAAGCCCAAUGUGGCUUCCGUGGCUGGGAGCCACGGCACAGGAGGUGCGGCUCUGGCCGUCCAGUCCUCGAGGCUGAGCGUGCGUCCCACCCUUCAGGCCCAGAGACGCACAGGGAGGCAGGAGGGAGAGGGAGCCGAACCAAGUUAGGGCCCCAGCUAAAUGCUCCUCAGAGAAGGAGGGGCAGUGUCGUUCCACCUGAGCCAAUGUGGACUUGGGAGCCAGCAGGAGCCCGGGACAGUCUUGUGUGCGGAAAGGUGGCUCUCCCAGUGCCAUUCAGGACCCUUACUCAUUUAUCCAGCCUUUAUUGAGGCUUUUCAUGCCCCGGGGGCUGCCUGGCUGGUGGGACAGAGGUGAGCAGGGUGAAUGCAGCCUGAGAGAGGUAGGCCACCGAGCAGAAGGUUGGGGUUUUAGGAAAGGCUUGGGGGAACUGAGAGGGCUUCAUGGAGGUGGUGAGCUUGGAAGUGGGCCAGGGAGGGUGCACAGGAGUUCUCUGGCUGAAAUUGGGAACUAGGCCUUGUAGGCAGACAAGGGCUCGGGGAGGCUGCUGCAGGGCAGGAACAGCCCCCAGGUAGGUCAGCCACCCAGCAGGACAGACAGGAUACUUGGUCCCGGCAGGUGGGGUCAUGGUGGUGUGAGAGGGUGGUCUCUGGGCUGCCUCCCGCCCAGCCCUUCCCCUCAGUGCUCUCUCUGGGCUCCUUCCCAGCCUGUCCCCAUCAGGGAGCCCCCACUGAGGUGCUGCAGCUCUACAUCCAGGGAGCGAGGGACACCUUCACCUGGCGGAGGUGGUGACUCCAGGACUGAGACCCUCCAGUCUACAGCAGGGACUCUGGGAGAGGCAGAAUCUCAGGGGAUGGCCUGUGCCCUGGGGACCUGAGUUGACUGGGGCUUAGGGACUGGAAGAGCCUCGGAUGGACAAGAGGGAGCCCGGGCAGGAGAGCUAGGGCCUCGGGAUUCUGACCGUGGGACUGGCUAUGGCGUUCCCCUGCCAACGGGUGCAGGGUCCCCGUGUGGCUGUGACCCACCGGCAUCGGACACCAGAGCGCAGAGGUCGCCAGGCUGCCCAAGCCCAGGAGAAGCCCCACAGAGGGCCAGUGGCCUGGGCCCAGCCCGGGUGGGCUCAGCACCUGCUCUGCCACAGGGGCUGAGGGACUUGAGACGAACAUAGCCUUCUCUGGUCCUUAGGCUCUGUUGGAAAUAAGAAGAGGUCUGUGGCCUGCCAGACCCCCUCCACUGUGGACAGGUGGUGGGCUGGGGGCUUAAGGGGAGAAGUGAAGGGGGGCGGGCCCCAGGCUGUUGUCACUCAUCAAGAGGCUGCCCAGCUGAGGCCAGUUCCCUCUUUGGGCAGCUGCCAGAUGGGCCCGGCCCGGUCCCAGGCCUGGCCGUGUCCCCCCUGGCCAGCCCCAGCAGCUGGAGGCACUCUCCUCAGUCUCGGGGUCUUCUGGCUCUGCGCUGUCUGUCUGGGCCCUGCUGGGCCCGGGGGACCCAAAGAGGACCCCAUGUCCUGGUUGGCCUGGGCUGGUCCUGGUGGGCACCUGGUGUCUGGGCACAAUCCUUAAUAGCAUCCUUUCACUCUCCAGGGUCUGGGUCUGGACAGUGCAUCUCAUGGGGACACCCUGCUGAGGCCCACUCUUCACACGAUGCCCCCACCCCUGGUCGGGCAGAUGGGCCGUCUGAUGCUACAGGAGCUAGCCUCAGCCUGGCCCAUGUGUCGGGGGCCAUUGUUCCAAGGUCCACCUUGAAAUGUGGACCAUGACCUCACUAGGCUGGGGGGGCCUAGAGGCCCACAGGUGGUGACUCUCCCCCAGGGAUGGGCCUCCAGCAGGAAGCAAGGAGCAGCAGGGAGGCUGUUACCCAGGUGGGGUGUGGGCAUCUGCCCUGUGGGUAGGAGUGGAGGUGAGUGUAGACCAGGGGGCCCUUGACGUUGGGAGCCAGGGGCCUGCAGAAGCUAACCGAUGGCUUCCAGAUCUCUAGGCUGGGCGGCAGACCUUCCCCACUACCCCCACCCUGAGCUUGAUGGGCUUACUACUCCAGUCAGUGGGACCCUGGAGGGAUGGAGGCUCCAGUGGCCUCUCCGUGUCCCCGACAGUCUGCACAUCCCCCCACUGGCGGAUAUGUCCUCAGCUGGCCCGAGGCCUCGGAUGGGCAGCUGGAUGCCGUGGAGUGAAGGCUCUGGAGCCUGGGGUGGUCGCUAAGCCGGGGCCAGCCUGGACCCUGAGGAGGGGAGCUCCGCUGGGCCACCGUCUAUGGCCUGGGUGUCGGGGCCGGGAUGGGCCUGCACAGAGGGGCCACCCCGGUCCUCACACGGCCUUCCGGUCUCCCAGCGCUGCGGUGCGGCCACGGCGGGCUUCUCCCCAGCGGAGUCGGCUCUUCCUGCCAGCUCCCAGCCGGCCCUCCUUCCCCGCCUUUCCCCUCUCUCGCUUCCCUUUCUGGGGUCCCAGCCUGCACCCUGUGGUGGGACGGCCCCACCCCAGAUCAGCCCCACUCUCACCUCCCUACCACUUCUCUGCCAGCCACGUCCUCCUUCCACUGCUGGUUCCAGAGGCCCUGCUGCUGCAGAGGGCAAGGCUGGGGGUCCUGGCUGGAACGGGGGAGACAAACAUGGAGAGACAUGCAGCCUGUGGGGGAGGACUUGGGCAGGGGCUGCGGGAGCUUGGCCCCAGUGGCUGGUGGUAGGAGGUGCUUGAACUAGGCCUGGGGCUGUCUGGUGGGGGAGGCCCUGGCCAGGGCAGGUGUGCGAGGUGGUGGGUCCCUGGGGCCCGCCAUAACACACUUCCUCUUCCUUACUGAAUAAGGUAUUUUGCCCCUUUUCAGGGGGCAGUCGUUUUAAUAAAGUGCUUUUUUUCUGUGAGCGCAGAGUGCAAGACUUCCCCCUAGCUCAGGAACGUGCCUGUUGCCAGCAACUCCAAUGAGGGCACCCAUGAAUCUCCUCUUACUUGUGGCUCCAAAAAUGAGGCCAUGGGCUCUCACUGUGCCUCAUUCUUUAAUUAAACAGAUACUGGAACAGCAGAGAGGGGCCAGAGUGUCAGGGCAGGGGAGGGGUCGGCGGGACGGCAGCUUCUGGGAGGGAGGAGCCUGGGGCUGGGGGGAACGUGCCGGGGGUCUCCCAGGGCCCUGGCAGGUGCUGGCCCUCUGGCCUCCCUAUGUGGGGUCAGCAGCUGCUCUGCAGGACCCCCGGCCAGCCUCUCCCUCCUGCUGCUGGGCCCCUCACUCACCCCUGCUGCCUGCCCCAUCUCACCAUUCCUAGACCAGGAGAGCCCCACAGCACACCCACAGGCUUCUGACUGCAGCCCCCCCCCCCCGCCCUGUCAUUUGUGCAGGAUGCAUUGCCCUGCAAGGAGACCCAUGUCCCCCACUUCCCAAGGACAGAGGAUUAGAUGCGCGCACUCUACUGCAGCUAAAACAAUUAAAUC